AUGCCAAUUUCAGGGGCAGCUGGCACUGAGGGCGCAAAUAACGCACGACGGGCUAUACAAGACCAGAAGAAGAGUACGAUCUCACUCCCGAUUGCUUCCAACUCGCUUAGACCUUAUGUCAAGAAAGAGGCCAGAAGCCGUUUGGGCACAAAGUUCCUGAAAGGUUGUACGGCUGAGAAAAACCGAAGCGAAGACGUUAGGCCGAAGUCCAUUCUUGUCCAUCUAUACGCACGGGUGGAAUCACCGCGUUCCGGCAUGGAUUCUGACUUGGAGGCGUUCAGCCGUUAUCCAGCAGAUGGUAGCUCUGCAGCACCGCCAGGUCGGACAGCCGCAAAAACCAAUUAUCUGAAUGAGCGGUUCCAAUCCCCAGCAGCUAUCAGGGGGGACCAGACUCAUCAAUUUCACCGACCCAGAGAAGGCGAUGGCAAAGUUAUGGAAGGUUCUCAGCAAAAUGAAGGUCUUCGAGGAGUGGGAGGCGUACCAGGUGUAUGGUGUCAGGGUCAAGGACAAUGGCAAAUGCGACUAUUUUACACCCCCUGCGCCACCUACUUCCUAACUGCUCAACACCAGCUUACGACACCAUGGCCUGGUAACUGUCUGUUACUUGAGGUUACCUGA